UAAUUCAAUAUAGAUCAUUUUAUUUCCCUAAUUUACUUUCAACUUAAAGUGAAUUAUUAAAUAAAUCUCUCCUUUUUUUACUUUGAAUUAUCAAAAAAUAUGUCUGAAACAACUAAUUUAUCAAAUGUAAAGGUUGAAAUUUCUAAUGUUGUAUCAAACAAAAUGUCGUCAAAUUAUUCGGAUUCUUCAAAUGUAAAAUCAGAAAACAAUCAAAAUUCUUCAUUAUCCCCGCCACCAAAUUAUAAUUCAUCAUUAUCAAAUCCUUACGAAUUACCACUUUCAACUUCAAAUCCUCCCGAAAAUCAAAGUCGUACUUUACUUCCAGAAAUUUCUAUCAAUGAUAUUGAAAGUGGUCAUCCACAAAUACCUUGGCUUUCUAUGAAAAAGUUUUAUGUAUUUGGUUUUUGUUUUUUUCCUUUAUGGUAUAUUGGAAUUUUUUAUCUUUUUAGUAAUAAAAAAGAUGUGAAAUUUUGGGCAAGAUUAUGUACAUUAAAUGCUUUGUUAAUUUCUGUCAUCAUAUCUUAUAUUAUUUUUCUUGGAAUUAAUUCAAAAUAAAUAAAAUAUUAUAAGAUGAUAUUUAAUUUAUGUAGUAUAAUCAGAGAUUAUAUAAUUGUAAAAUAAUACAUUUAUAUAAAUAAGUAAUUAAUAAGUAGAUUUAUAUAAUUUAUAUAUAAUUUAUGCUAGUUCUUACAAUAAUUUUCAAUAAUUUUUCUCCCUAAGAUAGUAAUAAUAUAAUUUCCAAAUUUUACGCUCGAAACUCUAUGAUAGAAAUGAGAAAUUCCGGAAAUUUUCUUCUUUUCUUCAAUAGGGAAACGAUACAUCUAAAAAAACAAUUAAUUAAUAAAGAUAUAUGAUUUCUUUUUCUAAAAAACAAUAA